UUUAGUACUUCCACGAUGAAACUAUUAGAGCUGUUUUUUAUCUUAAUGUUGUUUGCUAUUAGCACAGGUAGUGCUAAAAGGGGUAAAUAUUCUAGGAGGGAUAAUACACUGAGAGUGGCUAAUGAAGAAAAAGACUACUUGAAUUGGAUCAAUCGCAUGAGUUCUCGCAAUCAUUCUGUUUUCCAAGAAGCGAAGAACAAAUUAGAGCCUUGCAAAUUUAUUAAGGUGAAUAAAAACCCGAAAUUCGGAGAUUUUACUACAGUUCAAAAGGCGAUUGACUCAAUUCCGAUUGUCAAUUCGUGUCGAGUGGUUAUAUCUGUUAGUCCUGGGACUUACAGGGAGAAGAUUGAAAUCCCAGCAACAAUGGCUUACAUUACCCUGGAAGGUGCUGGUUCACACAAAACAACUAUCAAAUGGGAUGACACUGCAGAUAGGACAGGAAAAGGUGGACAACCAAUGGGAACUUAUGGUUCUGCAACUUUUGCUGUUAAUUCCCCCUAUUUCAUUGCCAAAAACAUCACCUUUAAGAAUGUAGCCCCAUCACCACCAUCAGGGGCAUUAGGAAAGCAAGCGGUGGCAUUAAGAAUCUCAGCAGACACAGCGGCGUUCAUAAAUUGCAAGUUCAUUGGAGCACAAGACACGCUGUAUGAUCACAGGGGCAGACAUUAUUUCAAGAACUGCUAUAUUCAAGGUUCUGUAGAUUUUAUAUUUGGAGAUGGGCUGUCCCUUUAUGAGAAUUGCCAUUUACGUGCCAAAACAAAAAGCUAUGGGGCCUUGACAGCCCAGAAGAGGGAAAGCUUACUGGAGGAAACUGGAUUCUCUUUUCUGAAUUGCAAGGUUACUGGAUCUGGUGCUCUUUACUUAGGCAGGGCUUGGGGUACUUUCUCUAGGGUCGUCUUUGCUUACACUUACAUGGAUAAGAUCAUCACGUCAAAGGGAUGGUAUGACUGGGGGGACAAGAACAGGCAUAUGACGGUAUUUUAUGGGCAAUUCAAGUGUUCAGGACCAGGGGCAGAGCAUGGUGACAGGGUUAAAUGGUCCAGGGAGCUCACUGAACAAGAAGCCAAACCUUUUAUCUCACUCAGUUUCAUAGAUGGUCACGAAUGGCUACUCCAUAUUUGAUGAUUUCUUUAAAGUCUAGCUAAGCUAUGGGAGUCGGCAAUCUUACUCCUGUGUAAUUACGCAAUUUAUGUGUCAACAUACCCUAGAAAAUGGACCAAUUUCCUCAUCCAGGCAUCUGAAUUGUCGCUGCUUAAAAGCAGCAGCCUGCACGUACAUUCAUGACCACGCAAAUAGAAAAAGGACCUAACCCUCCUUUCAUCAAACAAAAAUACAGUCGCGCAAGAACAAAUUAUAUCAACGUUCAUUUUCAAAAACUAUUACUUUUUUGUGCUAUUUGGUUGAAAUUCUAUUAUUUUUUUCUAGAUAAUUCCGUUAAUUUGUUUUGGAAGCAAACCCUAUCAAAUGACUAAGCUGGGCAAAGCCAACUGAAUCCCAAAUGGGUCAAGUGGUCCAGUA